CGAGGUCAUCGACCACGUUGGAUUGCCUGUGGCAUGGUUCUCUUUUCGAUAGCAGCAUUCUCCUGUGCCCUGCCACAUUUCAUAUUUGGUAAAGAUCUCCUACAGACCACGGCCAUGUCGUUCAAUAAAAUCGCCAAGAUCCCAUGGAGGAUCUGGCGGCAAGCAAUUUGGCUGGCGAAUUAACGUGGGGCGUGAACAAUGAAUCUAGCAGUGUUACCCUCUCUCAGUUGGGUACUCAACAUUUGGAUUUGAAUCUCUGUGUUUUGGGCAAUCACACACAAAACUCCACCACGGAAUGCAAUGAAGAUCGCAAAAUCGAACAAGCAUCUCACUCUAAAAUAACCGUCAUCGUUCUAUGCAUCUUCUUCGGCAGCUUGCUUAGCUCGGGUAUUGGUCAAACAGCCGUCUCCACUUUGGGCAUACCCUACAUCGAUGACAAUGUGGCCAGCAAACAAUCACCCAUGUACAUGGCCAUCACAAUUGGUGUUAGGAUUUUGGGUCCUGCUUCGGGUUUCAUUGUUGGCUCAUUCUGUACCCGUUGGUAUGUGAAUUUUUCAAAUCCUGGUUUCGAUGCUAGUGAUCCACGUUGGAUUGGUGCCUGGUGGUUGGGUCCAGUGGGUAUUGGUACUUUGAUGUUGCUUUCAUCGAUUGCCAUGUUUUCAUUUCCACGUGAAUUAAGAGGCAAGAAACCACCGCCAGCAGCUCCCAGUGCCGUAGAGGGUGAAAAGGUGGCUGAAACACCAGCGGAACCUGAAGAGAAACCAAGAUUGAAAGAUUUCCCCAAAACGGUCAGGCGUCAAUUGAGCAACGAUAUCUUGAUGUUCCGUACUGCAUCUUGUGUAUUCCAUUUGCUGCCCAUUGCUGGUCUCUACACUUUUCUGCCAAAAUAUUUGGAAACACAAUUCCGUUUGGCUCCCUAUGAUGCCAAUAUGAUUGCUGCCUUUUGUGGCAUUUUGGUUAUGGGUAUUGGUAUUGUUAUAUCGGGUUUGGUUAUUCUAAAAUUGAAACCCACUGCAAGAUCGGUGGCCGCCUGGAUAGCCUUAACAGCUUUGGUCUACUCGGCCGGGAUGGUCAUCUUAAUGUUUGUCGGCUGUAAUAUGAAUGAUUUUGCCGGUUAUAAGACGGCCAAUAGCAUUGGACCCGCCACAAUUGAGCCAGCCUGCAGUGCUGCCAAUCUCUGUUCAUGUGACAAGGAACAAUUUGCCCCAAUUUGUGGCAUUGAUGGAAAAAUUUACAUAUCUCCCUGCCAUGCUGGCUGUUCCACGGCCAGUAUGCGUAGCAGUGAUAAUCAUACGGUAUUUUCGAACUGUACAUGCAUUCCAGAUGUUACUGAAGCUUUUGGUACCACCCUACCCACCUUUGAGGCUAGCAGUGGCUAUUGUGAUAGUAAUUGCAAAAAUUUCAUUAUUUUCAUAAUCAUUUUUGCCGUUUGCGUUUUUAUGCACUCCACAUCGGAGGUGGGCAGCAUGUUGUUGGUCAUGCGUUGCACCCAUCCAAAGGAUAAAGCCAUGGCCAUGGGUGUCAUACAAUCGGCCAUUGGUCUAUUUGGCAAUGUUCCUUGUCCAAUUAUAUACGGAGCUGUGGUGGAUUCAGCAUGUCUCGUAUGGAAAUCAGUUUGUGGCAAACAUGGAGCAUGCUCAUUAUAUGAUGCCGAUACAUUUAGGCAUUACUUUUUAGGUAUUACGGCUGGUAUUAUGUUUUUGGCCUUUAUUAUGGAUUUAGUUGUGUGGAGUAAGGCCCAUCGCAUUGACAUCGCACCCGAAGAGAACAAAAAAGAAGAGGAUGAUAAUAAAUCAACAGAGACUGAAUAUAAAAAGGCAACGGUUUCACCCGAUACCAGAGUAUAAAUAAAAUUGUAACAAAAAAAAAAUACUACAAAACAAACAGAAAACGCACAUUGUUAUGUUACACCCCCAUACACACUCUCUCACACAUACACAUCCACAGCGAUUUUACAAAAAAAACAAACAAAACUAUAUAUGUAAUUUGUUUUCAAUUUUUUAUAUGAUUUUUAUUUUUUUUAAUUACUCUUUAGUCGGGGAUUCUAAUCAAUUUUUUUUUUUGUAAAUUUACACAUAUAUUGAUAUAUGUGUUAAGGUAUUAAUUAUACUGUUUUGAAUCCUGUGUGUAACCCUUUUGUAUGCUUAUAUGUAUCUAAAAGGGUAUAACAAUAUGUUUCCAUAACAUUUGUUUAAUCUUAUACAGAUAUAUAUAUUUUUUAAAUUUAGUUUUUCUUUUUAUUUUUGUAAUUUUUUGACUCAUAAUUUGUAUAAAAUUUUAUUAUGCUAUUAGUUUUUAUACACAUAUUAUUAUUAUAUUUUUUUCAAUAUUUUGACAUCAUUUUAAACAAUGCCUAAAAUUUGUAAAAGACCUGUGGCGAAGAUGGAAUGAGUCAAUGUAGUCGUUGUGACAAGACUCCGAGAUCUAGAAUUAUUUUAUGGAAUUUCUUUUGUUGGACAUCGAGAAACCCUUAGCAUGGCCUAUAUAAGUUCGGCCAGGAAGCCCAUCUGACAAUUAAGUUAACUGACCAAAUAUAUAAUUGUCAUUUCAAUUUCAAAUAGAGUCAAAUCAAAUUGUUGUCAAAAGUUGUUUUCUUGACCGACCAUGGCCUACAUAAGGUCGGCCGAUAAGCCCACCUGACAAACAAGUUUGCCACCAAAAGCCAUAUUUUGAUUUGAAAUUCAAAUAAACUCAAAUCACAAGGGAACAAAAACUACUAAGUUUAUUGUCAAAUUGUUGUCAAAAGUAGUCUUCUCUUCGCCGACCUUAUGUAGGCCUUGACUCGGAGGCUUCCAAAAAUUUUAGCAUUUUUUUGGCAUAGCUCUGAGGCCUGAUAUUUUUUUUUUUUUUUUUUUUUGAAAAACAAAUCUUUUAAUUUUCGAAAAAUCCUUUUAUAGAAAUAUGUAUUUCUUGAUCUUAAAGUCCAUAAAAUCUUUGUGAUUUUUUCUUUGUCCUUCUGGGUUGAUACAUUUUAUAAACCUCCGAGGCAUAUACAAUUUUUUAAGGCAAAAUGACAUUGAAUAUUAUUAUUUGGCUUUCCGAGUUCACCUUGGCCUAUAAAUCAUUGAGACCUACAACGAUUUUGAGCCAUUUUAUGAAUAAUUUUAGAAAAGCUCAAAUGAAAUCUGUCACCUAAAAAAAUUCCACCACAAAAUUGUAUAGAACAUUUUUCGUUGAGCCAAGAUUUUGAAAACGUUUCAAAGAAAAUUGUUCGUUACCUUGAAUCUAAAAAUUAUUUCGUUUACCUUUGUUGAUAGCAAACUUUAAAGGAAACGUUUUAUCAACCUCAGAGGCCCAUAAAUAUUUUUAUAAAAAAAUCCCUGGUCUAAAAAAUGUUAAAAAAAAUUGUUACUUUGUCCUCUGAUGCCCACAAAUUGGUAUAGAAAAUUUUCCUUGGCCCAAUAUGUUUUCUCAGGCUCCGAGAACUUUAUAUUCUGAUGAUCCAAAAAAAUAUAUAUAAAAAAUCGUAAGUCUGUGAGGACAACAAAUGGGUAUAGAAAAAAAGGACCAAGGCCUAUGAAAAAUGUUGCGCAAACGUCCGAGACCCACAAAUUUAUAUUAAAAAAUAAAUAAAUAAAUCCGCAGCAAGAUGGGACCUGGCAACUGCUUGAAGCGGAGACCUUUGUGUUAAUCCUAUGGAGAAAUGAAAAAAAAUGUUGAAAAUAGGAGAGAUAUAGAAGCGAGAAGUAUAGACAUAUUGAGGUGAAAUUAUAAGGAAACACGACGACAAGAUUCGAGUGAGGCGCCCUUUACAUACAUCCAUUUAUGAUAUGUCUCAAAAAAUGCCACGCGAAGACUUCAAGCUGCUUGUGUAACCACACCUUUAGUUGUUGUUGUUGGGUGGCCUGCCUAGACUGAAAAUGUCUUUUGCAAACAUGUUAAUAAUGAUGGGAUAUAUGUCUGAGAAUAACGUUAAAGUUUAUCUCGUAUCUCCGACCUGCCAAAUAGCCUAUGUCUUUUGGUGAAUAUCAUGGGACAUUUGCAAAGUAGAUGUUCCAUCGUCUUUAGAUGUUCCUUUUGAAGAUAGAUUACACAGUUGUCCUUUCUUAGGGUCUGAUAUCUGAUACUUCAGUGACCAGGCCUUCUCAAAGUAUUCUAUAAACAUGACGAUUUUUUGAUCACACCUAUUAAGAGAUAGAAGGGAGGGGGCAUGUUCUUCUCCUCGACACUAGCAGGUCAAAUGGCACACUCCUUCCUGCUCUUGAGAGCCUAGGUUGUCAACUACGACCCGGCUCCUUUGCAUUACCGUUAAUUGGAACAGAACUCCCCAUAAGCCUUUAUACAAAUUUUCCUGUGGCCUCGGACGACCGCAAAAUGUUAUAGAAAAUAUGCAAGACAUAGCAAAUUUUAUUGAAAAUUUUAUAACACAUUUUUCUUAGGCCUCCAUGGCGACAAACAUUUUUUCUACUCCUGCCAGACCUACAAAAUUUCAAACAAGAAUUUUAUAGACUUUUUUUCUGACUCCAAGGACCACAGAAAUGUUAUAGAAAUCUAUUUUUUGGACUCCGAGCCCAACAAAAUUUUAUUAAAAAUGUCAUUCUUCAUCAAGUUUUGUAGAUGUUUUUAUCAAAUCAAAAAAAAUAUCACGACAAUUUGAUAAUUUUCCAAUAGCUUCUAUUUCCAUGCAGUUUUUUUAACAAUUUAGGCAAUUGUUUUAUAAAAGAAAAAACUUUUAUUCCCUUUUUUAUUAUUUUAUUUCUGUUUUUUUUUUUUAAAUAUCCUUUAGUCUUAAAAUAGUCGGACGUACAUAUGAACCUAUGUGCAAUCUAAUUUAUCUCCAUAGAAUAAUGAUAAUAAUAAUAUUAACAAUAAUGAUACGUCAUAAUUUUAUGUUUAUUUGUUAUAACCAUUUGUUUUUAAGAAAAAAAAAAUACUUUUUUUUAAUUCCUUUUUUUAUAACCCUAAGUUGAAGUUAAUGUUAAAUGUAUUUUUUAUAUAUACUACCAUAAGGAAAAAAGUAAAAAAACGAAAAACAAAAACAAAUCAAUAUCCUACUCUUAUGUUUUAAUUCAAAAAUAAGCAAAAAAAGAAUGGGUAAAAAAAUAGAAGAAAAACUUGAAAAAUCUCAGUUAAAUAAAUAACAAAUUAAAUAAUUAAUGUCUUUGAAAACAAAUAUCGAAUGAUUGAUUGAUGACUGAUUUAAAAAACAGAAAAGUAAAUUGAAUGUUGUGCCAGACAGGAAAACGCAACGAAAUCCAUAUUAUGGAAGCAAAAAUGAAAUAUUGAAAGAUAUACCGAAAAGGGACCCAGAAUGGAUUCAUUCAGAUCUAUGUUAAAAAUAAAAUUAAAAAAUUAAAAUUAAAAAAUAAAUAGAAAUCCAUAUUAAAUGUAUGAAGCAAAAAGAAAUAUUGAAAGAUAUACCGAGAAGGCAUCCAGAAUGGAUUCAUUCAAAUAUAUGUUAAAAAAAAACAUUAAAAAUUAAAUCGAAAUAUAUGUAUGUCAUUACUAGAAAAUAACAAAACCCUUGUUAUAGAAAUCAUAAAUGCUCUGUUCCAGAAUAUGCAAGAUUUGACUAUUUUUGCCAGUUUUCUCGUUAUUAUUUUUAAAGGAAAAAAGUAGUAAAAAGUUUAAUAUUCUUGCAUUUCUGAAACAAAGCCAACACUAAUAACGUUAUAUACAUAUACAAGUUAUUAUUACAUUUACACAUUUAAAUUAGAAAUUGCAACCUAUCUGUGGUAGUUAUUAUUUAGUUAAAAUUAACAACACAUCUUUUUUUGUAAUUAUUAAAUUAUUUUUUAAUUCGUUUUCUUCUAUAAAUAAUAGUAAUGCAUUAAUAAAACUACAAAAGCAAAACAAAAAAAAACGAAAAUCAAAUUCCAUUACAAAGAAAUUUUGUUAAAAAAGAUUUAAAAAAUAAUCGAAACAGGCAACCAAUGCAUUUCUUCUCUAUCAUAAUUUUUUUUAAUAUAAAAUUCAAUACAAAUUUGAGCAUUCUAAACAUAAAAGUGGAAUGCUUAUCGAAAUGGCAUUUAAAAAAAAUAAUUUAUAGUUUAAAACGUUGAAUAUUCAAAAGUACUACUAAGUGUUUAAUGUGUUAAUUGAGAAAAAAAAACGAAAAACAAAACACGCCAAUUACCUCUGCAAACAAACAUUACAUAAUUAAAACAAACACCCAAUCGGAAAACAAACAAAUGUAUCAAAAUGAAAUAAAUGUGCAUUUAUGUAUGAAUAUUCAAAA